AUGGCAGACAAAGACCAGGCGCCGCACAGUGCUACCUGCUACUCGCGCCUCGAUCCAAAGCUGGCACAGUUCCGCACCAUUGUCCUCUUACCUGGCGUCUGGUCAGACAUCAUCCAAUGCCAGCUCAGGGUGCAUCCUCUGGACAAGGCUCCCUACUAUGAAACGAUAUCUUACGCGUGGGGAGACCCCGAAGACACACGGCAGAUCAUCGUGGAUGGUGUACAUCUUGCAAUUCCCAGCAGCCUCGAACUGUGCCUCAGACAUCUGCGCAGCCCUGAAAGCGCUCUGACAGACCUGUGGGCGGAUGCCAUAUGCAUCGAUCAAACGAACCUAGAGGAGAGAUGCAUCCAAGUCAGCAACAUGGGCGCUAUCUACUGGAGAUGUUCUGCCAUGUAUAUCUGGCUUGGUAUGCCUCAUAGAUCGACUGAUGCACGCUCUCCGUUCGAAAUGGUAACGCAUUGGGCUGAAGGCAAACACUUCUACCAGUUACCAGGCUUUUCAAAGUCCAAAGAAAGCGGAGAGUGGGGUUUCCAGGAAAAUCCAGAGUACCAGCAAAUGUUCGAGCUGUUUACAGACUUCACUUCAAAGCCCUGGUGGACGAGACUGUGGUGUAUCCAAGAAAUCGCGUUAAGUCCUGCUGCUACUGUGGUCUUGGGCAAAUGGCGAUUACCGUGGGCUACAAUAGUGAGCGCGCUCCAAACUCACUACCAUCACGCAUCGACUUGUUGUGCCGACGCCUCUGCUGUAAUGCCAGCAAAGUAUACCUACUUCUCCGAUCAUCUCCUCUUCCUUUCGCAGCAGUCUGACCUUACAGAACUGGACAGCGUUUUCCGUGCCUUCAGGCACAAGCUUUGUAAGGACCCAAGAGAUAAAAUCUACGGACUACUGGGUUUGCUUUGGAAGAACCGCGACAUUAACCUCAGGCCCGACUAUAAUUUGCCGGUCGGCAAAGUCUACCUGCAGGCCACGGAAGCCAUCAUCUCGCAGUCGGCAGGAGAUUUACAGUUUCUGACGGGACUUGGCCUCAAUUCAGACUGCCAUCACCUACCUUCAUGGAUUCGGAACUUUGCAGCACCUCUGACUACAGUCGAAGCAAGCUACGAGCGCUCCCGCUACCGACGAUACAGUUGUUACCAGGCCAGCGCUGGAGCAAAGAGCGACAUCAGCAUAGUCGAUGGCAACGACCUAAGCCUGAGAGGUGUCUUCGUCGACCGAAUCCAACGCAUAGGAAACUCAAUCCAGAAUAGGGAUUGGACGCAUGUAUGGGAAGCCCUUCAGAACUGGGCUGAUGUCGCUGAGCUCCCGGCUCUUGGGCAGGGGCAUGUCUACGGGGUGUUGCAACAGCAUUUUUGGCGAACCAUCAUGGCCGACGUCUCUCUUACAGACCUUGCCAGCGGUAGCUGGAACAGAAUUCCAACGCCGACAGUUAUUCCGAUCGAGGAUUGGUUCCUUGACACCGUCGAUAAUCUCCGUCAAGGACUAGAACCGCCAGUCACAUCUUCAGUACACGCGCUGUACCCAGCAACCUAUGGCCGGGCUUUGUUCCGCACAGAGUCAGGCCACUUUGGACUCUGCUUCCCGGACGCUCGUCCAGGCGAUGAAGUUUGGGUGCUCGCUGGAGGCAGAGUUCCGUUUGUGCUUCGCGGUCUCAACAACACUACUGGCUCUACCACAGAAGCUGGUACGGGCCCAGAAUCAUUCAGGCUGGUUGGUGAAUGCUAUUUGCACGGUUUCAUGGAUGGCGAGGCCUUGCGUGCAGACGAUAUAUUGAUCCCUAUACACUUGAAAUAA